GCAUUUUUCAGAAAUGAGCUGUCAAUGUCGCACUAUAUGCGUCGCGCUGCGAUAUAUGCAUAUAUAUGCAUAACGCAUUGUUUGUGCCGCUUGUGUAAUCGAUGUUUGUCGUGCAUGUGUAAUUGAUAAGACAAAUAAAAUUAGAAAUAAAGAUUAGCAUGUUAUGAAACAUUCGGAAAAAUGUUCUGAUCAAAGAACAAAGUUCACUAAAGUUGUUGCCAAAACAUCCCCUCUAUUUUACACUUUUAUAGUCGCAUUUCGAGUGCAUUUAUAGCGCAGCGCGUUGUCAUAUCCCGUCAGUGCAUAUUACGCUUUAAAGUUGUGCGCUUGUUAGUGAUUACGAAAAAACAAUAUAUAAAACAGCAUAAAAAAAGAACAGCAAAUUCACUAUAAAAAUGGUUCAAUUAAAUCCAUUUAACGUAAUAAUGUUAGUAUACGUAACUUUUUUGGCCCUUAAUCUAUCAACAAGUCCGAUAACAUCUGAAGAACGAGAAAUGGCACAUAAAAUAGAAUCUAUGCUGAAAGAAAUGCGCGAUGAGAGAUACAAAAUGGAAGUAGAAGAAUCUUUAGAUUAUGAAAACGAUAACGAUAUUCCAACAGCAGAGCAAUUCGAACUAGGAGAUAAAGAGGAAGAAGGUCUGGAAGUCAAUCUGCAUGCAAGAAACACCAUUUUAAAAUUACAGUCAUUGACUCAAUUUUCAUCGCCAAGAUUCAGAAAUUUAUUGAAAUACGCAUGGUAUAAAAGCGGGUACGUAAUAAAUAAGCCCGAAGAAUGCGAAACACCAGUGGAAUUUUGUUUCCAUAAACAGUCAAAACCAACAUGCGAUAUUUCUGGCGCACCUGCAAUAAUUACUUGCGCAUGGUGCAAAAAGUCACUUUGUAUAAAUCACUUUUUUCACGAACAUCACCUUUGUGAUACGUUUGUUCCAUAAAUUCAUCUGUUUUUAAUAUAUGUUAAUAUAUGUAUUAUAUUCAAUAUAUGUAGUAUGUUAUUGUUGAAGGUAAAGUUGUAAU